AUGGUUACUAUAAAAUUAGAGGACGCAUUCAAAUUAAUACCUUUAUGCACAGGUGAGGAUGACAUAUAUCCAUUUAUUAAUGCAUGUGACAUGGCAGUGAGUCUAGUCGAAGAAAAAUGUGCACCAACGUUAGUGAAAUAUAUUACUACCAGAUUAACUGGUAGAGCGUUAGAAAUGAUACGAUAUAAAAAUGUGACCAAGUGGACAUUUAUUAAAAGUUAUUUAACAGACGCGUUUGAGGAUCUAACAACUGCAUCUAGCUUACAAAUACAACUAAAUUCGAUUAAAAUGCGCAAUGGUGAAGAUGUAAAUGAGUACUGUCAUAGAGUAGAAAAAUUAUAUUAUAAACUAUGUACUGCAAGUACACUUAAUAAAAUAGAUUCGGAAGCGAGAAUAAAACACGAAACGUUAAAAGAACAAACAUUAGCAAUUUUUAUUAAGGCGAUUGGGUACCGGCCAUAA